GUUCCACGCGUCUUUCCUCCCAACCCUCACGAUGCCAAAACAUUACUGUGACUAUUGUGAUGUAUUCUUAACGCACGACUCUGCUUCAGUGCGCAAGGCCCAUAACAGCGGGCGUAACCACCUGGCUAAUGUACGGGACUACUAUGCUUCGCUUGGCCACGACAAGGCGCAGAAUAUCAUCGACCAAAUUACCGCAGCCUAUGAGAGCGGAGGAGGGCCUCCCCCCGGAGGGUUCGGAUUCGGACCACAGCAUCUACUUGGUUCUGCCCCACCCUUUGGCGGAGGACCUCCACCGUUCGGCGGACCACCCCCGUUUGGUCGUCCACCAUUCCCGCCUCCCAUGCCUCCUGGAAUGGUCCCACCUCCAGGUGGUGCACCACCUUUCCCUCCCGGCACAAUGCCUCCCCCAGGUGCCUUCCCAGGCGGCCCGCCACCAUUCCCUCCCAACGGCGGUCCCCCGGGUACUUCCAUGCCUCCGUUCCCCCCUACUGCCGAUGGUCCACCACCCGGCAUCCAUCCAGACAGGUUGCGAAUGAUAAGCAGUGGAAGAUGACGGUUUGGGAUUUGGAUGGUCAAUAGUAUAUCACCUUUUCAUGUUGUAUUCCCUCAAAAAGUCCCUUGGAUAAAAUUACUAUGACUGAGCGAGUAACCUUGUACACGAUAAUAUGCUAUCAGGUUGGUUUAUGGUAAUCUAGCUUUUUUGCAAAGGCCUCGCUGACAGGUGUCAG